AUGAUUCGACUGGAGAGCCACGACAUGCUUACGUCUAGACAUGACUCGAAUCGACCUGAGGCUCCUUCAUCUAAAAGUCCCAAGAAGCGAGUCCUCACACCAGCCCGAAAAGAACAAAAUAGGAUUGCACAAAGGGCUUAUCGGGAGAGGCAGAGAGAAAACCGAAAAAGUUCCAACACCCACGUGACGCGAGCAAAGAGGCUUGCACCGCGAUCACCACCAGAGUCGUCGGAGUCAGAACCAAACGAUCCCCUGGUCACUUUUUUGGACACUGUGGGCUCACUUGAUACGCCAUCCUCAACACUUUCCGUUGUCAAGCAUGGCAAUGAUGCUUUGUCAACUUCGCCCGCUGAUUUCUGGAUGAAUACGCUUGAGACCCCGCAAGUCACCAUGUGGGCAGCCAUAUUCAGCAAUGCCAUCUGUCUAGGGCAUGAUGUCGAACUACUAUCAGCCUGUAGCCUGACAUACAUGUCACCAUUUUACAAACCAAUCACGCCGCAAGACAACCCCCGGGACCUGGUAAUAUCGGCUAUGAAACCCUCCAUUCCUAUUCACCUCCAGCCAACGAUGGCUCAAAUCCUGGUUCCUCACCACGCCAGUCUGGAUUUGAUCCCCCUGCCUAUUCUCAGGGACCGUGCUAUCAUGAUGUGUUUUGCCAUGCCUGAUAUCUUUGAUCUCUGGGACUUCAAGUUGGACAUUUACACACGAAAUGCACUUGUUUGCCACCGACAUCGUCCUGAUAAGUCCUGUCAUCCGUGGGACCCAAAGAGCUGGGAGGCUAUGCCUUGGUUUUUGAAGAAAUGGAGUCCAGCGGUUGAUCAAUAA